ACGGAAGCGAGAUAGCGGGUGCGGUCCCCGCUGCCCACUCCUUAACGUACCAUGGCCGAGGCCCAUUUUAUCAUGUCUUGUCUAUCCGAAACUCCUCGAUUCGAAGUGAUUGGUUUCGCUUUGCUGUUUGCUUGGCGAGAAAGGGAAGAGAGAAAAACGAAACAACUCUUUGAUAUACGGCUGGAAGUCGGCAUGGGAAAUCGACCCGUGAAGCAACAAAAAAGGGAAGAGGUACUAUUGAAGAUUGUGCCUCCACUGGAUCCUGCAUAUGCCCGGUGGCUUGCUCGGGACAUUGAGCGGAUUCAUGGCUAUAUUCCAAGAAAUCCGCGUGCUGUGAAGGCUGUGAAGCCACCAGAACAUUAUAUCGAGUACAUGCGCUUGCAUGGAUGGUUGGACGUGGAUUUGGAUGAUCCCGAUCUUGCCCAUUUGUUCAAGUAAUUAAUCAUGUACUCAUCCGAAAAAAUCCGAGUUCAAAUGUAGCUUAAUAUAAAGUACUAGUUGGUUGGAAAGUUGGGAAGGAGAUAGGCCUUUAGCUUGUAGAAGUCGGCCAGUUGUAGUUUUGUUUGCUCUAUGUGCAUUAUUACAAGAAGGUGUUCUGCAUUCUGAUAAAGCUACCGAACAGCAUCUUAUACAUCUUGUUUGUAAGAAGAUACUUUUCAUAAUUGAAGUCUAUCCUUACCAAGAGCCAAA